UUUUUUUUUUUUUUCAAGGCCAUUCCAUAGAAGAGAGAGAGGAGGGGGAGACUCGAGUGUGCCUUCACCCGUGUGUCGAGACCCCGGCAUGUUAUCCGCGUUCCACGUCCUCGUGUUCUUGUGUGCGGCGGGACACUGGGUGAAAGGUCACCACGCCCCUACCAGUCCCUUGGAGCUGGAAGGGGAAUGGGUGGAUCUCACCCAUUACCUCGAUGACGAAACGUUGAGUUGGCCCGGCUCCCUGCCUUUCAAGCUGGAAGUCUCCGUUACCGGUGUUCAACGCAAUGGCUACUGGGUGGAAUCCUUCGAGUUCUGCUCGGCGGAACACAUCGGGACGCACGUGGACGCUCCCGUCCACUUCGCCGAGGGAGCCAACACCGUCGAGCAGAUCCCGCUCGAGAAUCUCAUCGCGCCCGGGGUGGUGAUCGACGUGUCGAAGAAGGUGGAGGCUGGAAAUAAAGAUUACGGAGUGACGCGGGAGGACUUGGAGGCCUGGGAACGGGUGAACGGGCAGCUGCCGAAAGGGGCCGUCGUCAUCAUGCAGUCCGACUGGAGUCGGAGGUGGCCGGAUCGACAGGCGUAUUACGGGAGCAAUACGCCGCUCGAUAACAAGACGUUUCACUUCCCCGGGUGGAGUCCGGAGGCGGCGACCUGGUUGGUCGAGGAGAGGGCCGUGGCGGGCGUGGGCGUGGACACGGCGAGCGUGGACCGGGGUCAGGAGACUUCCUUCAAGACUCAUACCAUCUUGGCUCCGAAAAACAUCUACGGGAUCGAGAACUUGAAUAAUCUUCAUCGGCUUCCUCCCAGGGGUUUCCUGGUCCUUGUGGCACCGUUGAAACUGGUGGGUGGAAGCGGCGGGCCAGCCAGGAUCUUCGCCUUCAUCCCCCACAAAGGCUCCAAAGGCGGAUCUUCCCGAUUUCCCGUCCACGCCGACCACAGCGACGACGACGACGACGACGACGGCGGAGGAGAGAAGGCGGGGAAGUCCUUCCCCAGCGUUUCUUUGCUGAAGGCGGCUCCGGGAGACUGGUUGGAUCUGUCGCAUGGGCUGAGCGAAAGCAUGCCCUUGUGGCCCACCACCAGGUCCUUUAACGUCUCCGUUAUUCAUCGGGGCCGAACUCCUGAAGGAUACUGGUUAGAGCAUUCGAACUUAUGCAUGGGAGAACAUUCAGGAACCCAUAUGGAUUCCCCGGCUCACUUCGCGGAGGGCAAAUGGAGGACGAACGAGAUACCAAUGAACCACCUCCUGGCAGUCCCGGGAGUGAAGCUGGACUUUCGAGAUGAGGCGAAGGUGCUAGACUGGGAAUUGAAGAAGAAGGACGUACAGGAGUGGGAGAGCAGAGAGGGGAAAAUUCCCAUCGGCUCUCUUGUCCUCCUUCAAACAGGAUGGGAGGCAUUCUGGAAUGAUCGUAAGAAAUACUUCGGCCUCCCCGAUUCCUUCCCGAGCCAGAAACGUCCCGCUCCCGACGACGUCGACGAAUUUCACUUUCCAGGUUUUUCUCCGGAGGCGACGGAGUUUCUGGUUCUGGAGCGGAAGGUGGUGGGUUUGGGGACCGAUGCGGUCUCCAUCGACAGGGGACAGUCGAAGGACAAAGGGGCUCAUCGGAUCCUGAACGGGAACAAUUCCUACGGCCUAGAGAACCUAAAGAACCUUGACAAGGUUCCCACGAGGGACUUCACAGCCUUUGUCCUACCCCUCAACAUCCGCGGAGGAUCGGGUUCUCCCUCGACGUUGUCUUUCCUUCGUGUACGGAUGUCCGAGAACGUGAUGUCGCCUCUGUUUCGUCUCCUCGUGUCUCUAUGUGCUGUCGGGCGUGGGAUCAGAUGUUCCAGUCCGUUGGAAGCGGAGGGAGAAUGGGUGGAUCUGACCCACGACCUCGAGGAGGCGACGCUCGUCUGGCCCAGCACGCAACCGUUCAAGCUCGAUCUCGCCUAUACCGGAUUCCAAAAAAAUGGCGUAUGGAUCGAAGGUUUUGACUUCUGCGCAUCGGAGCACACUGGGACGCACGUGGACGCUCCCUCACAGUUUUUCAUGGGUGGAACCACUGUCGGGCAACUUCCUCUUAAGAGCCUCAUCGCACCUGGAGUGGUGAUAGACGUGUCGAGGAAGGUGGAGACUGGAAAUAAAGAUUAUGCAGUGACGCGCGAGGACGUGGAGGAAUGGGAACGGGAACAUGGACCACUCCCGAAAGGCGCCAUCCUCAUCAUGCAUUCCAAAUGGGGCCAGAAAUGGCCUGACCUCACGGCCUAUUUCGGUAGCAGCACUCCACUCAAUAACAAGACCUUCCAUUUCCCCGGCUGGAGUCUAGAAGCGGCGGACUGGUUGAAGAAGAAUCGGGCCAUCGCGGCCAUUGGCGUGGACACGAUGAGCGUUGAUGUGGGUCAAGAUACUUCCUUCAAAACCCAUGCUAACCUUUACUCAGCGAAUAUAUAUGGGAUCGAGAACCUGGCUAACGUUCAUCGACUCCCUCCCAAAGGAUUCCUGGUUCUCGUGGCGCCAUUGAAACUGGUGAACGGGAGCGGUGGCCCAGCCCGGGUCUUCGCUUUCGUCCCCCAUCAAGACUCCAAAGCGUCUUCCCGAUCCGUUGGGAGUGACGAGAAAGGGAAGACGAAAACGACUUUGACUAGCGUCUCCUUCUUGAAGGUGCCCCCUGAAGACUGGGUGGAUCUGUCGCACGGACUAAGCGAAGCUAUGCCUUUGUGGCCCAGCAGCAGGCCCUUGAACUUCUCGGUUAUCCAUCGGGGCCGUACUCCUGAAGGAUACUGGUUGGAGUACUCGAACUUUUGCGUGGCAGAACAUUCAGGUACCCACAUGGAUUCCCCAUCUCACUUCGCCGAGGGUAAAUGGAAGACGCACGAGAUACCCAUCAAUCAUCUCCUAGCUGUCCCUGGGGUGAAGCUGGACUUUCGUGAAGAAGCAAGAAGGAACCCAGACUGGGAAUUGAAGAAGAAGGAUGUGGAGGAGUGGGAAAAGAAGGAGGGGAGGAUUCCAACAGGCUCACUCGUCUUACUUCAAACCGGAUGGGAGGCGUUCUGGAAUGAUCCUAAGGAAUUCUUCGGCCUCCCCAAUUCCUUCCCAAGCAAGAAACGUCCCACUACCGAGGAUGCCUCCCAGUUUCACUUUCCGGGGUUCUCCCCGGAGGCGACGGAAUUUCUAGUGCGAGAGCGGAAGGUGGUGGGUUUGGGGAUCGACACGGCCUCCAUCGACAGGGGACAGACGAAGGAUUACAAGACUCAUCGGAUCCUGAACGGAAACAAUUCCUACGGCCUGGAAAACCUGAGGAACCUGGACCUUAUACCUGUGAAGGACUUCACCGUCUUUGUCUUGCCCCUUAAGAUUCGCGGGGGAACAGGUACUCCCGUUCGGAAUUGCUUGGAGUCUUCUUGGAUCGGGGUACCUCCUCAGGCGAAUGAAUUGAUGAAGUUCGAUGCUCUUAAGUUGUCUGUGGGAAGAGAUCUGGUAGCCUAA